GUUCAACGUUUCCUCCUCUAUUCUAUCUUUUGUCUGCGCCCUUCGUGCUCUCACUCUUCUUACCUUCCAUGCUGUGAGAUAGCGCCUGGCCGUGAAGGCCGUGCCUGUUCUGAUCCUUCAGUGUAUUUGUUCUCCGUCUGCUUUCCGUUUGCUUUAGAAGAUCCUUCUGCUCGUCGACUGUUGCCGACAUGGCCUCCGCAAGCCUGGAUCACCUGGUUAAGGGGUCACCGGCUCCUGCAAAUCAUCUCUCGUCCUCAUCAGCAUCGUCCGACGCAUUGAACUCUGCUCCACAGUCGUACCCUCAGAAUUCUUCCAAUCCGUCUUCCCCGCCACGCCCGUCAACACCGGACCCGCUGUCCACGUUGCCAUCCUCUCCACCUCAGAUCUACCUGAACCUGCUCAUCUUAGAAAGUUCCCUUCGGGCUCAAUACCUUGCGCUGCGUGAACGCCGGCGGCAGAACACCUUUUUUCUUCUACUGCUUGCUGCCUGGAUCACCUAUUUUGCCUACGCGCUGUUCCUCCGUCCUCGCGAAGAUGGCCGCGGGGUAGGCGGCUCCGUGUACUGGGUGGUGGAGAUGUGGGAGAAGGUUGCGCUGCUCGGAGGUGUGGUUACUGCAUUAUUGGUCUGGGGCACGGGGCAAUGGGAGCGUGGAGUACGUUGGCCGCGGCGCUGGCUCGCCGUCGCCAACCGCGGUCUUCGCACGAUGAAUACCAAGAUCGUUGUGAUCCGCGGUCCCUGGUGGCAGGAGCUGUUAUCCUACCUCUCCUUCCUCUUCCCCUUUUACAUCCCACUCUUCCCUUCCCCAGUUGGAGACUUCCACUACAUCGAACGGCCUGCGUCGGAGAAACGCGCUGGUGGUCGGCAGCACCACCAGCCGUACUACAACAUGGACAUGGAGUCGGGCCUGGUGGAGGAAGACCUCAGUCCGGGAGGCGAUUAUAUCCGACUACUCCUCCUGCCCAAGUCAUUUUCGCCUGAGUUCCGCGGGAACUGGGAUGACUACCGUACCGAGUUCUGGGAAAAGGAGAACGAACGGCGUGCCCAACUGCGUCAGAAACUGCGCCAGAAGGAGCGCCAACUAGCUCAGCAGGACGGCGGCUGGUUCUGGUGGUUUGACAUUGGAUGGAAGGCGUCGCAGCGUCGGCGAGCCGCUGCAGCGACAAUUACCAAGUCCGCCGACGAAAAAGCCCACCAUCGACAUUCCCACCACUCCAGCAUCUCUAGGCUGAGCCACGAGCCGAAAUCGCCUGCCCGGCGUAGCACGCGCUCGGACUCGCACUCACGGACGCCAUCCCGAAGCAGCACCCCCGUAGAUACCGAUGACCGUCCUCCGUCGAGGUCGUCUGUGAGUGGCCGUCCCCGUCGGGGAAGCCUAACCCCUAAUUCUACGGCGUCAGGCUCCGAGCAAGGACAUCAGCACCGCAAGAAGAAGUCCAAGACUCUUUCCCGGGGAGUGUCACCCCUCACACAAGCACAGAUCAGUGAGGGUGCGCGUACAUCGUCUUUCUCUUCCGACGACUCCGGUUUCCUAGCGGAGUCCGACAAAGUCAAAGAUGAGGAAAUUAGCAUAUAAGUUGUAAUUCAAGCUUUGAAUCUAUACCCCGGUUUCUAAUGUUGGAAGCAUCAUAGCAUGUCCGUACAAAAAGUGUGACUAUGUUCUAUGCCAUCUGUUUUCUUCUACACUCUUCUCUCAUCAUACUUCUUUAUCUCGGUUUAAUAAUUCAAUUUUUUGUCUAUAUCUUCAAUGAUCUAGUCUGACUUACCAAAGUGGGUUGAUAACAGAGCAUUCUGCUCAGUAGAAGAUGGGAAUGGGCAAGAAGACAUACUGUACAGUGAUAUACGA